UCCCGCAUCGCGGACCCCCGGGGCUCCACCAUCUUCAACCCCGCAAUCCCCGGAGGGCAACGUACUGGAGCUUAAACCGCCGGACUCGGCGCGCGGCACUGCGCCUGACUAGUGCCAAGCCGACUUCAGCUGGAGCCCAGCCGCGGACCUCGUGCCAUGAAGAAAGAGAAAACACCUACCUCUCUCUCUGUCGCAUUCUCACCAUCAACGGCUCUAUAUACUGUACAGGUCACCUCGUAUACCUUUCGCCUGUGAGUGUUGCGCAGACAACCUGGACCAGCCUGCGUAUAAGCCAGCCCUGCAGACUCGACCCGUGACGGCCUCCGCUCUGCGCACUCACUCGAUAUCCGGCUGAGCCGAACCUCAUACGCCAAACAACGAAAGGCCCGUGAAAUAGCCACCACCCGGUCGCCAUGUCGGAUCCGCAGAUCGAGGCGCGCCUCAAGGCUCGCGAGGAGAGCCUCCCCGCGCCGGUGCCGGCCUACCUGUCCAAGGAGGGCUCGCCGCUCACCGUCGACAGCAACUCGUACAACGCCAUCCAGACCGCGCCCCGGGAGCUGAUCCAGGAGUUCACCCUGCCCAUCCGCUCCGGUAAGGCGUGGGAGGUGCCCGUCGGCUGCAUCGUGCGCAUCAGCACCCCCGAAGGCGCCCAAGUCGGCGACCUUAACAUCUGGAACCGGCACAACCCCCGCGAGCGCUUCUGGGCCUCGCGCACCCGCCAGCUGCACGCCUCGCACCUCACCACGCACGACCGCCUGUGGUCCACGCUGCCCUACAUGCGGCCCCUCGCCACCAUCAUCCACAACUCGCUCGCCUGGUACGGCCAGGACCGCAACGGCGGCCGCGUCCACGACCUCCUCGGCACCCGCUGCGACCCCUACAUCAACGCCGUCCUCUCCCCCGGCGACACCUACGACUUCCACUGCCACUCCAACCUCGUCCGCGCCGUCGCCCCCUUCGGCCUCGACGAGCGCGACGUCCACGACGUCAUCAACAUCUUCCAGGUCACCGGCCUCGACCGCGAGGGGAGGUACUUUAUGAGCCCCUGCCCCGCCCGCGAGGGCGACUGCAUCGAGUUCCUCGCCGAGCAGGACCUGCUCAUGGCGCUGAGCACAUGUCCCGGAGGAGACCUCUCCGCCUGGGGCUUCGGCGCGGACAGCGAGCAGGAGAUGAUCAAGUGCUGCCGCCCGUUGCAUGUCCAGGUCUUUCGUUUAAAGGACACGCGGCUGUUGGAUGAGCUGGAGUGGAAGCCGGCCGAGGUGUCACCUUACAAGGGCAUGCACGGCGUCAUCUCCCCGCUCGGUGAAGCGGACGCACCCAAGGCUCGCUCAUAAUUGGAUUUCCUCGCGGCGUUGGACAACCUGGUAACUACAGUAUUUCUACGCAAUGGAAUUCGCACUUGUAGCUUUGCA